AUGGCAAAGGUCAAAGCCCAGCGCGUGCUUCUGCCCGGCGAGAACCCCAAGCGCGACCCAAAGCUGAAUGAAACGAAGCGAAAAGCACCACCGUUAAGCGAAGAGAUUGUUGUAGAGAGCGACGAUGAGUCGCACAGCGGCAGCAGUAGCGGGCAUAGCGCUGGCAGCGAGAGCGACCCGGAGAAGCUGAAAAACACCAAGACACCCAGACCCGAGAACGUCAAGAGGACAGAGCUGGACAGUCCACCAGUGCCGAGUGAUGAGGAUGUGGGCAAAGGGGAGAGCGAUGAAGACGAUCGGUCACAAGCAAGCAGCGGUGCAGAGGAGGAGGGAGAGAUCAGUGGGAGCGGGAGUGCAAGUGAGGGAAGCGGCAGCGAGUUGGAGAGCGAGGUCGAAGCCGUGCCGGCAGAGCCAGCAAAACCGCCAGCUAAACAAGUGCAAACGGCACAUUUCCGCCCACCUCCGCCGUACGAACCCCCUGCUGGAUUCGCAGCUGUCAAGACUUCCGCGGCACCUUCGUCGGAUAUCACGAAUCUUCUGAAUCCCAAAAAACUCGAGGGCAAGCAGAUAUGGCACAUCACGGCACCAGCAACAGUACCGAUCACAUCGAUAAAAGAGGUUGCGCUGGACAAGGUAUUUCGCGGAGAUGCUGUCUUAGAGUACAAAGGCAAGAGCUAUGGGUUUAAGGCAGACACGGAAGGCGAGAAGAGAACCACCAGGGUUCUGAUGCCAGGCGCGAAAGGCUACACACCCGUGCCGGCAGGGAAUCUAGAAACACUCCACCUUCAGCAAGUGGUCCACCUACCGCAGCUGUCACAGAAGCAGGCAGAUCCGACAAGGGGCUCGGAUGCCGCUGCAUCGUUCGACACACCCGCUAUCAAAGUAGUACGCCAGCAACCGAAGGGCCUCCGCAUGCGCUUCAGGCCAUCUGGCUUUGGCGACGACGAUCCGGGGAGUAUUGGCUCGUCAGAGAGCGAGGAUUCACCGGUGGAGGAACAGAGCCAGAUAGGCUUCCGCGCGCCGAAGGGAAGAGAAGCACCAGCAGUCUUUUCACCUUCGAAGAAGCGCAAGCACGACGCGGUCAAUGGUGAUCAAGGGAUUUCGCAAACGUCCGUUAAGAAGAAAAAGAGAACGACCGAGGAAACCAUACGGACUGAGGAGUCUCAUUUCGAGGAUCAGACCAGGCAUGCGAGGGAAGAGGCUAUACCCAGUAUACCUUCGACCGAUAACCCUGCACGAAUCAGAGUGAGGAAGGAGAAGUCGAAAAAGGCUAGGGAUGCUGAGGGUGCUAGACCCGAAGGGUCGGAAAAGGAGAAAGAGAAGAAGAAGCGGAAAAAGGAGAAGCAAAAAGAUGUCGCUGAUGGCAUUGACGGAGGGGGCUCUCCGAUGAAGGGGCUGUCGUAG